AUGUCAUUCACAAUUAAGGACAUAAAGGUCACUUACAACGCCAUAAAUGAAAAGAAUACAUUUACAAGCGGAGAUUUCAUAUCCGGGCAAGUCACUGUGGAAGUUGCGAAAACUGCGGAAAUACAGUCUCUGUUAGUUAAAGCUAAAGGAAAAGCAAACGUGAUGUGGACUGAGCGUCAUGGUCAAACUACGGUAGUAUACCAUGAUAAAGAGAAAUAUUUUUCGUUGGAGCAAUUUCUUAUUCGUGAGGGACAGAAUAAAGAUUCCAAUGUUAUUCCUCCAGGAACCCAUGUUUACCCAUUCACCUUUCAGAUUCCUCAGCAAAAUAUGCCAGCAUCAUUCAAAGGCUCUGUUGGCAAAGUUGUCUACUCCUUGGAGACAAAAUUGUCUAGAUCAAUGCGAGUGUCUAACAAAGCCAAAACUGAAUUUGCUUACGUGCCAAAACCAGACCUGACCAUUCCUGAUCUGAUGCUUCCACAGUAUGGUACCAAGGACAAGAAAAUGAGAGUCUUCACCUCUGGAAGUGUUUCCAUCAGCACAAAUAUGGAGAAGAUGGGUUACUAUUUGGGAGAAGGCUUGAAAGUUAUGGCUGAAGUUCACAACAACUCCUCCCGUGCAGUUAAGCUGAAAUAUUCCUUUUAUGUGAAGCAUAGCUUUUUUGCAAGAGGAAGGAGGAGAGUCCACACACAUGAGAUCUUGAAAGAGCAAGGGGAGCCUAUUGAGCCAUCAACUCAGAGAAAUGUGACCAGAGUGCUGAACAUCCCACCUGAUAUAAUGACCUCCAUUCUGAACUGUAGGAUACUCAAAGUGGAGUACAGACUCAGGGUCUAUCUUGAUGUACCAUAUGCUUCAGACCCAGAGAUCAAAUUUCCAGUGGUAAUCCUUCCUCUUGGCCCUGAUAUGAGCAACAUGGUGCCGCCCAACCCGGAUAUGAACAUGAUGCCACCUCCUCCUCCUUAUAGUGAGGUUGGAUUUGGGCCGUAUUAUGGACCAAACCAGCCAGGAUGGAAUAGCUCCCCCUAUCCAGCUCCUCCUAGCAUAAACCCUUAUCAGAACACCAGUGAGCAAUGGAGGUGUGGCUUGAGUGAUCUUCCAACCCACAGUCGGCGAGUACCCAUGACAACAGUUCAAGCCUGCAGGCAACUCCCUGCCUUUACUGGUUUGGGUUGCCAUGACGACUCCCCACUGGACUCCCCCCACGUCAGCGGGAGGGGCAUCCAGUUGACUAACCCUCUCCCUGUUGGAGAGCUGCAGGGGAAAGGCACUGCUGCAGAUCUGAGAGACCAAAACCUCAAGAGGACUACACUGCAAAGUCUACAGCUCUGA